AUACUAUCUGGGAAAUUUAUAGGUCCUCGUAUUAGAAAAUCAUUAUUCUCUUCAUUAUCUAUCAUUUCCUACUUGGAUUGGUUCGGCUUCAUUGAAACCCAACCAAACUAUUACAAUGGACACUAUCACCUCCACUUCAGCAUCACUUUCACUCUCUCUCCCUGCGGUUCCGGUUCGUACAGUUUCUUCUUCCAUCUCCGUAACCUCAUCUCUUCUCUUCCCACGCUCUCACUUAUUCUCCUCCAGGCAUAGACUCUACUCUGGAAAAAGAAGUUUCUCGAAUUCUCCCUCUGCGGUUCCCAAGUUUACAGUGAGUUGCGGUAUCACGGAAAUCGAUGAGAGUCAGUUUGAGGAUACCGUAUUGAAAUCUGAGCGUCCGGUUCUUGUUGAAUUCGUCGCUACUUGGUGCGGUCCUUGCCGUUUGAUCACUCCCGCUAUGGAAGCCCUAGCUAAGGAAUAUGAAGACAGAUUAACAGUUGUUAAGAUUGAUCAUGAUGCUAACCCUCAGCUAAUUAAAGAGUAUAAAGUUUAUGGAUUACCAACUCUGAUACUCUUCAGGAACGGGCAGGAAGUCCCGCAAAGCAGGAAGGAAGGUGCGAUUACAAAGGCAAAACUUAAAGAUCAUGUCGAUGUUUUAUUAGAAUCAAUAUCAGUUACAUAGUCAUUCUAUAUGUGAUUCCAAAUUGUGACAUUUUUUUGGAAAAUUAGUAACAUGGAAGCAGACCUGUUUCUAUUCCAUAUAUGGUAUGAUGGUUUAAUAGGCUUUUACAUUUCCAAUCUGUUGUACAAUCUGUAUCAUUUCUGAAGCUGCAAAUACAGCAUAUAUUAAUGGUAAAGAAAGGUUCUGCUGAA